GUAUUAAAGAACAAUUUUAUUGCAAAAAACCAUAAAAUAAAUAAUAAUUAAUGGUAAUAAUAAUCAAACAAAAAAAGGCAUCGCUUGUCUCGCAAAUCUUGGGAAAGAUCCGUGAAAAGACGAUCGACACACACCACCUCUUCAAUUUCCAAGCAGCUUUUGACAGCACGAAAAGGAGCUGCCUCUAUGCCGCGAUGUCUAAAUUUGGUAUUCCCGAAAUACUAAUAAGCUCUGGGAUCAUUCGACGCAGAACCCCCGGGAGAAGCUUAGGAAUAAAAGACCUCCACUCUGCCGGUAAAACCAGGUAGAGAAAGACCUGGCUAUACUUGGAAUCUCCAAUUGUCGCCAAAAAGCUUACAGAAAAUGCAGUCAAAGUUGGUCUCUUUAUGGUACAGUUGUUUUAGUGAGAUUUCAAAUGGAACGGGCAAUUAAUUUUGUACGGCUCUCUAUGUGCACUUCUCUUACUUUGUCGUUUAUCAUUAUAUUAUAUACUAGAAUCACAACAAUUAUCAGUUAGCCGGAUGACUUGGUAAUCAUUCAUAGUUAUGUUAUUUACAUUGUGGUCUUUUUGAGCCGAAUUCUAAAAGCUCUUAAACACUCAGAGUGAGAUAACUGUGUAUACUAUGUAUAUGUCAAAUUUUCCAUGCGUUAAUUCAGGCUAUAAAUCUCGUAUACCGAUUCGUAGAACAGUCAGUAUAGCACAACUUACUAACCGUACAGAACGGUCUUUAAGAGUUAAUACAACGCAAAAAGUCAUAGAAAUGGAACGUUGGCAGAAUCGAGUUGCUGUAGUCACUGGCGCCAGUUCGGGCAUUGGCGCGGCUAUUGUGAAAUAUCUCGCUAAUAACGGUAUGGUGACUGUCGGCUUGGCGCGACGCAAAGAACGUAUCGAAGCCCUGCGCGAUGAAGUGAAAAACGAGGCAAAGCAACGCAUACACGCGAUUAAAUGCGACAUACGAGAUGAAGCUGAUGUGAUAGCCGCCUUCAAAGAGAUCGAAAGCAAGUAUGGACCGGUGGCGGUGCUAGUAAACAAUGCCGGCAUUGCGCGUUAUGGCGAUAUGUUGAAAGAAGGCAACUCACAAGAUAUACGCGAUGUGAUCGAUACAAAUGUGUUUGGUGUUGUGUGGAGCACACGUGAGGCGUUUCGUUCAAUGAAGGCUCAGGGUGCUGAUGGUCAUGUUUUUCUCAUCAAUAGUGUAGCUGGGCAUAUAAUACCGAAUAUACCGGGUGUAUCUUUAAAUAUUUAUCCACCUUCAAAGCAUGCGGUCACCGCCAUGACGGAGAUCUACCGCCAGGAGUUUCUUACUAAUAACACCAAAAUUAAGAUCACCAGCAUUAGUCCCGGCGCAGUGAAAACCGAGAUUAUGGGCGAAAAUCCACCUGAAAUAACAGAUUUGGUAUUUUUGGCCUCCGAAGAUAUCGCUGAUGCGUUGAUCUAUUGCCUACAGACGCCACCGCACGUGCAGAUUCACGAAUUAACCAUAAAACCAGUCGGUGAAAAAUUCUAAGAUUGCCAAUGUUGAAAUAGCAAUUCACUUCAUAUACUUAUGUUUGUUGAAGUUAUUGAAAAUAUUAAAUAAUAAAACAUAGCUAAAAUUCAUUAGAAAUUA